AUGAGCAAUCACUUCGAAUCUCCAACCACAACUUCUCAUAGUUCAAGUACCACUAAAAAGAUUGCCAACGCUAUCGCCGAGUUGGUCAGCCGACGAUCUUCUCCGUCGAUCCGUCGAAAAACGGAAGCAGAUGUGUUGAAUAACGCGGCACGAGGCCGCAAAGUGUCAGCACCUGGAAAUCUGCAACACGCACUUGUUCCAGUCAUUGAUGUAGUCGUGGCGACGGGUGCACUUGCCAGCUCAUCGGUGGAAAAUAUCUCGGCGUCGACGAGCCGCGAUUCAGGUAGGAGACGAGAGGGAUGGGAUUAA